AAAAAAAAAAAACUUUUCCUCCAUCUUUGUUUUCGUAUCAGGCAGGUUUCAGAGCCUGGGCGAGAAAUAAGUCACAAUGCCUGGAAGGUUGUGGUGCAAAGCUAUCUUCGCUGGAUACAAGCGCGGUCUGAGGAACCAGCGUGAGCACACUGCUCUGCUGAAGGUUGGGGGAGUCUACACUCGACAGGAGGUCGACUUCUACCUGGGCAAGCGCUGCGCCUAUGUCUACAAGGCAAAGAAGAACACCGUGACUCCUGGUGGCAAACCCAACAAGACCCGUGUGAUCUGGGGUAAAGUCACGCGUGCUCAUGGUAACAGUGGCAUGGUGCGUGCCAAGUUCAGCGUGUUUUUAUGUUUGGGUAAAGGUGAUGGACUGGCCAAGCGUGUCUCCAGACCUAUUGAGCAUCUGUGGGGAAUCCUCAAACAGAAGGUGGAGAAGCACCUAGAGAAGAUCUCUAGCAUCAACCAGCUACAAAAUCCUCCGUUGUCAAGGAUACCCUCAUUACUGUCACUGGUAAUCGACCACAAACAGCAGAUGCUGCAGACAGAUAUUAGGCUGACAAACGAUGGAGGCUUUUCUUUAAUCGACUCCGCCGUCAACACCUGA